UAUUGUCGCCCCCGUAAAAGAUUAUAUGUGAGUAAUAUUCGCUGCGACUUUCGCGUCACAUUGAUGUGAGAACAAUCUAGUGUUCAACAUGAAUUUUUGGCUGACAACUUUCGCGACAUUCUUGUUUUUCUAUUGUACUUUGGGAAUUUCAAUAAGGCCAGGUUCGAAAAUAGAUGAUGAUCGUAUUCUUAUAAAUCGACCUAAACCAGUGCUGAACGACGACGAAAUCAUAAACAGAGAUUAUGUUAGAAGGAAGAGAUAUUUGGGCUUGAGUAAAACAUAUAAGCUAAAUAGAAGGUAUCAAGAAUGUGUAGCUAUUGGUGAUGCUAAAGGACACUGUAAACAUAUAGAUUUCUGUCCGAUGAAGGUCCUGAGCAACGCACCUAAUGUUCUGAACUAUCUUUGUGUUAUAGAAAAAACGCAUGUUGGUGUUUGCUGCCCCGACGAUAUUGCUUUGAAGGGUUACGAAGGAUCUCAAAUUAUACAGGAUUUACCAGGCGGUGGAGAUGACUAUGAAAAUGAAAAUACCACAGGCUGCGGCAUUCCGGGGGACAGAAGAAUAGUUGGAGAACACCCAGUCCAACGUGCUUCAGUGCCAGAAUGGCCUUGGCUCGCUGCCAUCUACAUGCCAGGAGAUCCGAGUGGACAGCAAAUAUGCGGAGGAUCGCUAAUAACCGAUCAACAUAUAUUAACUGCCUCACAUUGUACCGAAGGACUGAAAGAGCACGAAAUUCGCGUACGACUUGGAGAGUACAACUUCAGAACGAAAAAUGAGACCAGAACUGCAGAUUUUGCUGUAAAAAAAAUAAUUAUGCAUGAGGAAUUCAUACUGGCAAGUUAUACCAAUGACAUAGCUAUACUGAAGUUGGAUCGACCGACUAGUUUCAAUACUUACAUUUGGCCAAUAUGUCUUCCUCCAAGAGACCUAACAUACGAGGGAAAAAAUGCGGUAGUAGCUGGUUGGGGAAGGCAGUCUUACGAAGGGGAACUGAGCCCUGUUCUUCUCGAGGUAACCGUGCCACUUUGGACCCAUAAGGAAUGUGUUGAUGCAUUUUUAGAGGCUGUCACCGAAAAUAAUAUCUGCGCCGCUGCCUAUGAGGGAGGAAAAGAUUCAUGUACCGGUGAUUCUGGUGGACCCUUGAAUUAUAGGCUGGAAAAUGGAAGAUGGGUUAUUAUUGGAAUUGUCUCUUGGGGUGUCGGGUGUGCAGCUAAAGGAAGUCCAGGAGUUUACACCAAGGUCGCAAACUAUCUACCAUGGAUCAUCAAGAAUACCAUAGCAGAAUGAAUGAGUUUGAAUCGUAUAUCUUUAUUAGUUUUUGAAAUUACAUUCUUCUGAAUAAAAUUAUUUUAUAUCUAUCAACAUAUCAUAAAAUUUAUAAUCGAAUGAUGAAAAAAUCAAUAAACGAAAGGAUUCAAAUUUU